AUGAUACGAAAAAGUUUUGGAACCAAUUUUGCCCUCUAUUUGGUGUUUGUUUCAGGCAUGCUGGUUACCAUUUUAGGGAACUCUCUUGUCAUCUUGUCAAUAUGUCACUUUAAACAGUUGCAUAGUCCUACCAAUGUGCUCAUUUCAUCUCUGGCUCUGGCUGAUCUACUAGUGGGUGUUAUUGUGAUGCCCUUCAGUGCCACUUGGACAGUUACUGGCUGCUGGUUCUAUGGUGAUACGUUCUGUCAUCUGCAUGUCAGUUUUGAGUGGUUUCUCACCACUCUUUCUGUCUUUCACUUAAUUUGCAUUGCUGUCGACAGACAUCAAGCAAUAUGUAAUCCUCUGCAUUACUCAAGAAAAAUCACAGUAUCGGUGGCUGUGAUGAUGGUGUGUGCCUGCUGGUCACUGGCUGCUGUCUAUGCUUAUGGGGUCAUUUAUCCAAAGGCCAGUAAGGCAUGGUUAAACAAAUUGGAAUCAUACAAGUGCAUUGGUAGUUGUACGGGUUAUGCAAGCCGACUUUCAAUUCUCUUGAGUAGUAUUUUGUGCUUUUUCUUUCCCUGCACUGUAAUGGUUUGUCUUUACAUGCACAUAUUUGAUGUGGCUAAACAACAAGCAAGAAAGUUUAGAGAUAAGAACCACUGUUUGAAUGACAGAGGGAAAGGUGGGUUGGUGAAACAGUCGGAAUGCAAGGCUGCAAAGACUCUCAGUAUUGUGCUUGGUGUAUUCAUCUUUUGUUAUGUGCCUUUAUAUGUGCUUGGACCGAUUUCCCUUUUAAGUCGCUUGAGAGCUCCUGGUUAUCUAACAGAAGUAUUUUACUGGUUGCUUUACUUGAAUUCCGCCUGUAACCCCCUUAUUUAUGCCUUAUUUUAUCCCUCCUUCAGAAAGUGUUUUCAUUGCAUAAUCACUCUGAAAAUAUUCAGCCCAAAUUCUUCAACUAUGAAUCUAUCUCUUAAAUGA